AUGCAAACCUCAAGAUUCACGUCUCGUGCUUCGGCACUGCUGACCCAACGAUCCGCCAUGCCAUUCUCUCGCACCUUUGCCUCGUCAUCCGCGAUCAUGCAACGCGUCUCCGACCUCAUCAAGCACGACCACGAUGAACUACGCACCUACAAAGACAACAUCCUCAAUGCCAAAGACGACGACGAGAAGGUUCGCUGGCAGAACCAGUUCACGUGGGAACUUGCCCGUCACAGUAUUGCCGAGGAAUUGGUUGUUUAUCCUGCCAUGGAGAAGAAUUGUCCCGAUGGCAAGGCCAUGGCAGACAAAGAUCGCGGCGAACACAGAACAGUCAAGGAACUCCUGCACAAGUUCCAGAACCUGAACCCCGAUGUCGAAGACUUCGAACCCACCCUCAAAGCCCUCUGGCGCGAACUAGACCAACACAUCAAAGAAGAAGAAAACGGCGACUUGCCCACUCUCGAAAAAUACUUGGAUGCCGAUGAGUCCGCGAGACUAGCCGAUAGCUUCGACACUACAAAGGCUUUUGUACCAUCUAGAAGCCACCCGAGCGCUCCCGACAAUGGCGGUCCUUUCGAGACGGUCAUGGGAUUGAUGGCAGCUCCCCUGGACAGACUUGGAGACUUGUUCAGAAAGUUUCCCAGAAGAGAUCCAGAAGUUACACCAGAACGCUGUCGCAGCGAUGAGCAAAACGAUGCAAGCAAAAACAACAAUCGAGAAUCAAUCUCCCUUCCUCCUUUUCCUUCCAUCAUGAGUGCACUUUCCGACUUCUUUACAUCCGUCCUCGAAUAG